UCUCUCUCUCUGACGCCCCCUAAACAUUAGUCAUUUGUACACUAAGCCCUGGAGCCUCUGAGUGAAUCGGCCUGGGAGCCAUUUACAGAGAACUCUUAUCAGAACAAGUAAGAACAUGGAAGUGAAGGUAACAUGAGGGGACGCGCUCAGAAGGGCUGAAAAAAAAAAGAAGAAGACAGAUUAACACACAGGAAGUAGGAAGUGUGAGCUGCGAUUAUCUCUCCACUUUGUGUGUGUGUUUGAGUGUGUAUCAAUGUGUGCAGUGUGUGCGUGCGCUUGUGUGUGUGUGUGUUCUGUGGGGUUGUAGGUGUGAAAUGAAACGUUGACCUGUGUUAUGAGUGAAGGACAAUGUCUCUGAAACUACCUCGCAACUGGGACUUCAGCACCUUCAAGGCUGAGACAGCUCGCAUAGCACGAUCCAAGAGUGUGAUUCCUGGAGAGGGAGGCCCCGGCCCGGGAUCGCCGAGCUCCUCCAGGUCCAUGGAGAGGCCUCUGAAGGCGGGCUGGCUCAAGAAACAGCAGAGGUCUCUGAGGAAGAACUGGCAGCAGCGUUACUUUGUGCUGAGAGGAAGCACGCUGACCUACCACAAAGAUGACAAGGAGACCACAGUCCAGGGGGUCAUCCAGCUACGCUUCAGUAAAGUUAACGAACUCCCUCUGACCUCCGAUGACCCUGGGAAGUACCUCUUCGAGAUCAUACCACGUCCAACUGGAGACAGGGAGCGAUGUCCCUACGUGUUCAUGGCGAACUCCCAGAGCGACAUGGAGGAGUGGGUCCGCACCCUGCGCAGGGUCAUAGGAGUCCCCACAAGUGGAGUGUUUGGAAAGGCGCUCAUGGACACAGUGACGUACGAGCAGCGCUUCGGGCCUCACAUGGUGCCGAUCCUGGUGCAGAAGUGCGUGGAGUUCAUCAAAGAGCACGGGCUGGAUGAAGAGGGCAUCUUCCGCCUCCCGGGUCAGGACAACGCUGUCAAACAGUUCAGAGACGCCUUUGAUGCAGGAGAAAGACCCUCCUUCCCCAGUGAUACGGAUGUCCACACUGUGGCGUCACUUCUCAAACUCUACCUGCGCGAGCUUCCUCAGCCGGUGGUGCCCUGGACUCAGUACCAAGACUUCCUGGACUGCACCAUGCUGCUGGAUUCCACCAACACUGAGGGCUGGGAUAAGCUGGAGAAACAAAUCUCUCUCCUACCCAAAAUGAACUACAACCUCCUCAGUUAUGUCUGCAGGUUUUUGUUUGAGGUGCAGCAACACUCCAAUGUGAAUAAGAUGAAUGUGGAGAACCUGGCCACAGUGAUGGGGAUCAACCUGCUGAAGCCUCAGAUUGAAGACCCCAUCACAGUGAUGAAGGCGACUCCCCAGAUCCAGAAGCUAAUGACAGUGAUGAUCAGACAGCAUGAGAUGCUGUUUCCUCUCUCUAAAGACGUGCUUCCCUCCCCUCCCUCAAACAAGGCUGAGAGCCAAAAGAACACUCCCCGCAGCUUCGUGGGCUGGGAGUCCGCAGAGAUGGGUGAUGCAUCUCUCUCCGAGUCUCCAGAAGAAGAAGAAGACAUUGACAGUCCAGGACCACACCGAGGAAAUUGCAGCGCCCAAAACUCAAUUCAGGAGCCCCUCUCACACUCCUCAGAUAACUGGCCUUCAAGUCCCCGCAAACGCACUCAGACCCUCCCCACCUUCAACUGUCCGCUCACCGGGAUGGCAGCCAAAGCCGGUGCCCUCAACAGGUGGAGUCGUAUCCAGGAGAGCAUAGAGGAGAAAAGCGUGACAUUAUCCGAGGACAUUUUUAAGAUCCUGGACCUCCGCAGCUCCGGUUCAUUGUUUGGGAGUUCUCAGUUUUGCAACAAGGAAGGCGAGGAAAGACUAACAGUCAGAAGAGGAAGUGACAACACAGGCUCUUCUAAACCUGACAGUGACUCCUGGCCCGCCCCUGAGCUGUCUCACCAGAAGAGCUUGGGGAACCUGACGGAGAGCGGUCCAGUGCAGCAGGUUAACAACAGCGGCUCUGAGGAGAAGAAAGGCAGCCAGCAGCUGGCAGACAGUAUGCAGCAUGAGAACAAGGAGCUGAAGGCCACAAUAGCAGAGCUCCAGUCUGCUCUGGAGGCAGAUCGCCGCCAUGUGGCCGCUCUGGAGAUCUGCCUGAGAAAUGCUGAGCGCAGCCGGGACGAGGCCCAGAGACGCAACGAGGAACUACAAAGAGACAUUCAGCAGUUCCUCACCAAAGAGCCAAAACCCCCCACCUAACAGUCAGGCUUGCAGUCACAGAUGUACAGAUUUAUGACUUCAACAAAGUCAACAGAGCUUUUUUCCCAUUAGCCGAUUAUGGGAAUUAGUAAUCACUGGAUUGUUUCCAUUUUAGUUCCGUUUGGUCCUCAAGAUAAACAAUAACCGGCUUAUUUUCUGUGCCUGGAAGAAAAUGUUAAGAAGAGAUCUAAGUUUGUUCCUCCCUCCAGAAGGAUUCAUGUCCCUUUAUAUGAGCUGCCUCGAUGUAGCCAUCACACAGGACCUGCAGGAAUAAGGAACUCCAUGUUUGACGGAUAACUUACAAAUUUUCUUACAACUUACAUUUUCACAGGCAUUUCUCCACUUGUCUUUACCAAAGUCAGUUCUGCUUCGAUUGCUGCCGCUGAUCAAGGGGUCAGUGAAUAAAGUGUGUUUGAUAUGUGUAGAACAUGGUCCAUUAUUUGGAUAUUAAAGUUGAGUGUUGAAUGAAUAAA